AAUAAGACUUUGUGUCUCCUACUGGGAUGUUGUCAGCCAGAAAUCCUCCAGGAUGGCUCUUUAAGUGUUGAAGGUUGCAGACUCCUGGUCUAGGCUGUACCUGGAUGUGCUCUUCAGCAGCUUUAGGCAACAGCAACCGCAUGACCCUGACCAGCAAAAGUCAGGUAUAAGAAAUGGAUGGAACCUGAAGGCUGUUUGGACACGUGUCACUGCGUGGAGACCUCCUGUCUGAGACACUGGAGAAAUUAUGUCUCCAAACCAGUCUAGGGUGAAAUUGUCUUAGUCAGGACAGCUCUAUAAAUAUUAAAGUUUAUUGGUUACUUGCUGUUAUUAAGGUAAAAAAAGUGUCAUUGCGCCUUUAAAAUGAAAACCUCGCGCACCUGUUCCGCGCGCGCAUCCUCACGCGGACUCUUACCUCUAAAGUCCAGAACGAGACUUUCAAGCAGGAGACAUCCCGCUGUGAGCGCGUGCAGGAGCCACGCAAAAAGCCCCGCGGGGCUGAGGCUUAAACAGAUUGGAAACCUGCAGCUGACUGAGAAAGGGGGGGUACUCCGCGCCACCCUCCAUCAGAUGCAUCCGGACGAAGAGGAGGGAGGAACAGCCGGAGGGAGGGAUGGCUAAAUAACGAGGAGACACGCGCGCGCGCACUGCAUCCGGAGAGGAACGGGAGGAAGAGGAGUGACAGGAGCGCUUCUGGAGGAAGCAGCGCGUCUCUGCAGUCACAGGACUGGAUUGUUUUUUCUUCUUCUUCUCAUUCUUUUGGAUAAAAGCGCGCUUUGAAUCGAUGAUUGGAGAAGGUGAGGGAGCCGGAUGCUGCCUGUGCUCGAUGAUGCUCUCAGGUUUAGUCAGCUGGUUGUGAGGAUGGGACGGCUUUGGUGGCGUUUGUGGGCUCCACUGCUGCUGCUGCUGGCCAGCAUUUCCUACCACUCCAGUAAAGCUCAAAGUCAAGUUCCAGCUCCAAGGCGGCUGCGCUUCAAAGUGCUGAGCUCAAGCAAACUCCUCGUUUCAUGGAGAGAACCCAAAGGAGACAUUGACGGCUAUCUGUUCCUGUACCACAGUAAGCCAGGGGGUCAGCAGAAGGAGGUCUCUGUUCCCAAAUCGGACGCAAAGGUGUUUAUAACAGAUUACAGUCCUUCCAAAGACUACACCGUCAGUGUGAUCGCGGUUCGUGGCAGUGAGCAGAGUAGACCUCUGCAGGGCAGAUUUAAAGCUCAUGCAGGUGAAAGAGAAGAGAGUGAUGGGAGAGACAAAACAGAGGCUCAGAGGCUGACUGAUACUGUUGUGACCCCUGAGGAUGCCAACGAAAUCUCUGGAGUUGAACAGUUUGUGUGCCGCACAGAAGCUGUUGCAGAUGUCGUGAUCCUGGUUGACGGCUCGUGGAGCAUCGGCCGGGUCAACUUCAGGCUGGUCCGUAUGUUUUUGGAAAAUUUGGUCGAUGCCUUUGAUGUUGGCAUUGAUAAGACAAGAAUAGGCCUGGCUCAGUAUAGUGGGGAUCCCAGGAUAGAAUGGCACCUAAAUACAUACCACACUAAGGAUGCGGUCAUUGAUGCCAUCAAAAACAUGCCCUACAAGGGAGGAAACACUCUUACAGGCCUGGCACUGACUUUUAUCUUGGAGAAUUGCUUCAAGCCGGAAUUUGGCUCACGGGAUGGUGUACCAAAGAUUGGGAUCCUCAUCACAGAUGGGAAGUCCCAGGACAAUGUCAUCCCACCAGCAGAGAGCCUGCAGAAGGCUGGAGUGGAGCUGUUUGCUAUUGGUGUGAAGAACGCAGAUGAAAAUGAACUGCGCUCCAUCGCUUCAGAACCAGAUGCCACUCAUGUCUACAAUGUGGCUGACUUCAACAUUAUGAGCUCUAUAGUGGAGGGACUCACUAAAGUAGUGUGUGAACAAGUGGAGCAGCAAGAAAAAGACAUCAAACAGAAAGUCCCACCAAGCAAAAUGGGAAUGCCCCAAAACUUGGUGACGUCAGACGUCACCGCCCACAGCUUCCGGGUGUCGUGGAGUCCGGCGCCUGGAAACGUUCACAAAUAUCGUGUGGUUUAUGUUCCAGCGCAAGGGGGAGAGCCACAAGAGGCUGUAGUGGCUGGCAGUGAGACUUCGGUGGUGUUGCAGCCUCUCCGCUCCUUCACCGAGUACCAGCUUUCUGUGUUUGCUGUGUACUCAAACAAGGGGAGUGAAGCUCUGAGAGGAUCAGAAAAGACCCUCGCCCUACCAUCGGUCACCGGCCUUCAGCUGUUUGAUGUGAGUCACAGCACCAUGGAGGUUGGGUGGGACAGUGUUGAUGGAGUCACAGGCUACAUGCUGCUCUAUGCUCCUGUUGCAGCUGACGCAGGCUUGGAGGAAAAGGAGAUCAAGGUAUCGGACGCUGUGACAAUGCUGGAGUUGGACGGACUGAUCCCUGACACUGAAUACACAGUCACUGUCUAUGCCAUGUAUGGAGAGGAGGCCAGUGACCCCGCAACAGCUCAGGGAACCACAUCACCACUGGGACCUCCCAGGAGCCUCCAGUUUUCUGAUAUUACUCACAAUUCUGCCCGCAUCAGCUGGGACCCAGCACCCAGCGCAGUGAGGGGUUACCGCAUUAUUCUGGUCAAAACAGAAGGACUAACCACAAAUAAGGUAGACGUGGGUCCUGUGACUUCCUACGACCUGCGAGAGCUGGCGUCUCUCACAGAGUAUUCUGUGGCCGUCUUUGCUCUGUACGAUGAGGGCCAGUCUUUGCCGCUCACCGACAGCUUCACUACCACUCCAGUGCCAGGUCCUCUUAAUCUGCGCUCCAGUGAUGUUCACGCUGACAGCUUUAAGGUCAGCUGGGAUCAUUCAGCCAAUGACAUCGUUCUCUACAGACUCUCCUGGGCUCCCAUCACAGGUGGCGACACAAAGGAGGUGGUUUUGAGUGGGAGUGAAAACAGAUACAUCUUGACUGGUCUCAGUCACUCUACUGACUAUGAAGUCAUGCUGACCGCAAUAUUCAAAGAUGAAUCCGAGAGCGAUACUGUCUCUGUCACUGAGACCACAUUGACCAGGACAACAAUUGCUCCCACAACCAAAGCGGCUCGUCAGUCUGUGAAAACUUUUUACCUGACUGACGAAACCACCCAGAGCCUAACAGCAACGUGGGAGCCAGAAGACCCUCACGUAGAGAGCUACAGGGUUUCCUAUGCCAGCCUCAGCAGCGAGCAUAGGGAGGAGAUGGUGUUUGUUGAUGGUAGUGAGAGCACAGUGAAGCUUGAACCUCUACAACCAGACACUCAGUACAGAGUAACACUCACACCGGUGUACAGUGAUGGAGACGGCAGCAUCAGUGUCUCUGCACUGGGAUCCACAUUGCCACUCUCGUCUCCUAAAUAUCUUCGUGUGACAGAGGAGUGGUACAAUCGAUUCAGGGUCUCCUGGGAUUCUCCUCACUCUCCUACAGCGGGCUACAGGAUCGCCUACCAGCCCAUCAAUGUUCAAGGUCCCAUUUUGGAGACUACAGCUUCUGCGGACGAGAACUCCAUUCUCCUAGUCAAUCUGCUCAGUGGAACAGAAUACAGAGUUCAAGUGUCGGCGUUGUACCCUUCAGGAGAAAGUGAACCGCUACUGGGAAACGCAAAGACAUUGUUCCUGGGCGUCUCCGGCUUGUCAGCCUACCAGCUUCGUGCGGACAGCCUGUGUGUUCAGUGGCAGCCUCUUCUCCCUGCCACACAGUACAGAGUCUCCAUUCUGUCCACACUCAAUGGUCAAAGGCAGGAAGUGAACCUGGGAGGCGGAGCUUCUCGUCACUGUUUUCAUGACCUCACCCCCAGCAGUCAAUAUCAGAUCAGUAUUUAUACGCAGGUCCAGGACAUGGAGGGGCCGUCAGUCUCCAUCACAGAAAUGACAUUGUCAGCACCCACUCAACCUCCAACUGAGCCGCCCACCACAGAGCCCCCUCCUACCAUCCCACCUGCUAAAGAAGUGUGUAAAGAGGCCAAAGCUGACCUGGUGUUCCUUGUUGAUGGUUCCUGGUCUAUUGGAGACGACAACUUCAUGAAGAUCACACAUUUUCUGUACAGCACUAUGGGAUCCUUAGAUCUGAUUGGACCAGAUGGCACCCAGGUGGCCAUUGCUCAGUUCAGCGACGAUGCAAGGACUGAAUUCCAGCUCAGUUCCCAUGGCAACAAAGAAGCCCUCCUAGAAGCAAUUCACAAAAUCAGAUACAAGGGAGGCAACACCAAGACAGGACGUGCCAUCAAACAUGUGAAGGAAUCCAUUUUCAUCCCCGAGGCAGGAGCCAGGAGAGGAGUUCCGAAGGUUCUUGUUGUCUUGACUGAUGGACGUUCACAAGAUGAUGUCAACAAAGUGUCUAAAGAAAUGCAAAUGGAAGGUUAUAUCAUCUUUGCGAUCGGCUUUGCGGAUGCAGACUACGGGGAACUGGUGAACAUUGCCAGUAAACCCAGUGACAGACACGUGUUUUUUGUUGAUGACCUGGACGCUGUGAAGAAAAUAGAGGAGCAGCUCAUCACCUUUGUCUGCGAGGCCGCCACAGCCACUUGUCCAUCUGUUUUGAUGAGCAGCAACACAAUGGCAGGCUUCAAAAUGAUGGAGAAGUUUGGGCUGGUGGAGAAGGAGUACAGCUCCAUACCCGGAGUUUCUCUGGAGCCCGGUUCAUUCAACAGUUACUCCUGUUACAGGUUACACCGCGACGCCCUGGUGCUGCAGCCCACCAAAUACCUUCAUCCUGAAGGUUUACCCUCCGACUAUACCAUUUCUAUGAUGUUCCGCUUGCUGCCUGAGACCCCCCAGGAACCAUUUGCAUUGUGGGAAAUCCUCAACAGGGAAAAUGAUCCGCUUGUGGGAUUAAUGCUCGACAACUCGGGAAAGACACUGACGUUUUUCAACAACGACUACAAAGGAGACUUCCAGACUGUCACCUUUGAAGGACCAGAGAUCAAAAAACUCUUCCAUGGCAGCUUCCACAAGCUCCAUGUAACCAUUAGCAAGACAUCGGUGAAGGUGGUGUUGGACUGUUCUGUGGUGGGGGAGAAGGCCAUCAGCGCAUCUGGGAACAUCACCACAGACGGAGUGGAGAUUCUGGGACGGAUGGUUCGCUCCAGAGGGAAGAGAACCAGCUCUGCUCCUUUCCAGCUCCAGAUGUUUGACAUCAUCUGCAGCACGUCCUGGGCCAGCAGAGAUAAAUGCUGCGAGCUCCCAGCACUAAGAGUUGAGGAUCAGUGUCCGUCUCUACCACACUCUUGUACGUGUUCUCAGGACAGCAAAGGACCUCCAGGACCUUCAGGACCACCUGGUGGUCCAGGCAUGAGGGGGACCAGAGGAGACCGAGGAGAGCCGGGCGUGACGGGACCUCAGGGGCCAGCAGGGGAAAGUGGCCCUCCUGGACCUCCAGGGCCAACUGGUCCUCAGGGGCCCAAUGGGGUUACCAUUCAGGGACCUCCAGGUGUUCGUGGGGAAAAGGGAGACAAAGGAGAGAUUGGACCAGCUGGACCAAUGGGCGCUCCUGGGAGUCCUGGAUCCCCGGGUAGAGACGGCCCUCUGGGUACCAGAGGUCCACCUGGUAACACCGGACCACAAGGGCGACAAGGAGCUCCAGGGCCUGUUGGAACCCCUGGGGCUCCUGGAGCUCCAGGACCAGGUGGAUCAACGGGACCGCAAGGAGAUCAAGGACUUCCAGGUUCUGCUGGUACCAAAGGCGAUAAGGGGGAGAGGGGUGAUGUUCAGUCCCAAGCUGCAGUGAGAGCUAUAGCACGGCAAGUGUGUGAGCAGAUCAUCCAGAGUCAUUUGUCUCGCUAUAAUUCAAUCUUGAACCAGAUCCCGCUCCAUUCAUCAACGUCAGUCCGAACAAUACCAGGCCCGCCCGGAGAGCCGGGGAGCAAAGGCCCCCCGGGUCCUCAGGGAGAGCAAGGUCCUCCUGGUAGACCUGGCUUUCCUGGUGCCAAUGGGCAGAAUGGUCGACCAGGGGACAGAGGGCUGCCGGGCUCAAAGGGAGACAGGGGCAGUCCAGGCAUCGGGAGUCCUGGACCUCGAGGACCACCCGGUCCUCCUGGGUCGCCAGGUGAGGGUCGGACCGGCAGUCAAGGUCCACCUGGUCGGCCAGGUAACCCGGGAGCAGCAGGUAGGCCGGGAACUCCUGGAGCCACAGGACCAACCGGUCCACCAGGAUACUGUGACCAGAACUCCUGUCUUGGAUACAAUGUGGGAGUCCAGCCGCUGCCUCACGCCGGCUACCAGGCCUACAACCCUCCCUACAGGCCGCCAUACAACCCUGCUGCAGUGCUGUACAACAACAACCAGCAGGAAGAGGAGGGGGAGGACAGGCCAGAGGAGCAGGACCCCUACUACCACAGCGACCCCUACCCCCAACGACCUCCUCAGAUGCCGCCCGGUUACCACCCGAGCCACUCUGAGGACGUGGAGCUGAGAUCGCCGGGUGUCGUCAGGAGGUACACGCAUGAGCAGGGAAGGGGGGCACAGGAGGAGGAACGGACUCGCCUUUAGCGCUCGAGCCGAAUCAGACUCUGACAUCACGCCGCUCAUCUAGAGACGGCGGCGGGGGGGUCGCCCUCCCUCCCUGCCCGUCCAGCGGGUGAAAGUAUGUACAUAACUGUGUGGUUUCUCUGUGAAAGGGAGGUUCUAAAAGUGCCUGAUUUCUGUUCGCUCUGUCCGGUGAAAAUCUGUUCCGUCCAUCUUCACUUGUUCUGUGGAACUGCAUGUCUCCUUUGAGCCGCCCAUCGAUGGUGUAAGUGGACACGCGUUUUGUUUCAGUGUUUACUGACUCCACUGUUUUACGGUGAAAUGACUGAUCAGAAGAUGCUUUUUUUAUACCAAUGAAUCCCCUCUCCCCUUCACUUAUAGUCUUCUCAUUGUGUAAAUGAACGAGCAUCAGAGACAUGGAUGGUAUGAAGUUGUAAGAUUCAUUACUGAAUUAUCUCCUAUCACAUUUUUUUGUACCUGACCUCUUUUACUUUAACAUUAAUCAUAAUUCCAUUUACUUAUCUGUCACUCUUACUUCAGGUUUGUUUACUAAAGCUAAUCUCUGUUCAUUUUCAUGUAAAUUUCAGCUGCAGUGGAGUGGAAGCAUCUCAGCUCUGACCUUUUUUUUGUGAAAUGGAUUUUUUUUUUAUUUAGGUUUCAUCAUCAUCCUAAAGGUUCAUCUGUUGAGACCGCUGAGGAGAAACAUCUCACUGUCACACUCCCUUUGAAUAAAACACACGUAUUUAUUUCAUGUUUGUUUUUUUAUAACCAAUAAAUCUGUAAUGACUCAAAGGAAA